AUGUCAUCAACUUUCCGUCCAAGAAGAGUCGUUCCAAAUGCGGUUAAUACUCCGAUUUUGACAAAAAUCCAGACGUCUUCCAGCAUUAACAACUCAGAAGCUGAACAGAUCUUAUCUGAAUUCAUCUACGCGAGCGAGGCUGUCGCUGCAAGCUUCACAAGUAGCAGUUUAGUGGAUAACGAGGCCGGUUCAGCUACGGGUUUCUCAGACAGCGCUGGUUCCAAUGCUUUAUUGAGUCAGUUGAAGAGAGUCCAAAGAGACUUGAGAGGGUUACCUCCUUUGGUUGCUGAGCCAACUGCUGUUGUCACUAGUAGCAGAGACAACAAGAAGAUUAAAUUCGAUGACGAUGAUGUAGAAGUUGAAGAGCCAAAGAAUAAGAAGAUCAAGUUCGACCUGGAAGAACCUGCAGAAGAAGUACCUGAAUAUGAAGAAGAGCAAGAAGAAAAACAAGAAGAACACGAACAAGAAGAAGUCACCGUGAUAGAGGAGGAGGAAAGCGAAAAGAAGCAUAAAAAGGAAAAGAAAGAAAAGAAGCAGAAGAAAGAGAAGAAAGAAAAGAAGCAUAAGAAGGAAGACAAGGAAUAG